AUGAGCCCAUCAAGUAGCCAGUAUCAGCUGAGCAGCGAGACACCUCGAGCCAGGGGUCGAGACAGCGGCCGACGGGCUGACCAAUUGCUUACAUUUAUCAUCGAGACCCACACUCUGCCCCCAUGGAGUCUAGGGGCGGGUCGGAGCAAACACGGAGCGUUGUCAAACGGCAGCACUUCAGCGAUGGCCGACAUUAACGCCCUGUUUUCGACCGCCGUAAGCCAGGCUACGUGCCGCGAAUGGAGCGGAACGCAU